CAGUGUUUGUGCCUUUCCCCAACAUACGAGCUGGCACUUCAAACAGGAAAAGUGAUUGAGCAGAUGGGAAGGUUUUAUCCGGAGCUGAAACUCGCGUACGCUGUCCGAGGCAAUAAACUGGAGAGAGGUCAGAAGAUCUCCGAGCAGAUUGUAAUCGGCACGCCCGGCACCGUGCUGGACUGGUGUUCCAAACUGAAAUUCAUAGAUCCCAAGAAAAUCAAAGUGUUCGUUUUGGACGAGGCUGAUGUGAUGAUCGCCACUCAGGGCCAUCAGGACCAGAGCAUCCGCAUUCAGAGAAUGCUCCCCAGGGACUGCCAGAUGCUUCUGUUUUCAGCCACUUUUGAGGAUUCUGUGUGGAAGUUUGCUCAAAAAGUUGUUCCUGACCCAAACAUUAUCAAACUGAAGCGAGAGGAGGAGACACUGGACACUAUUAAGCAGUAUUACGUUCUGUGCAAUAACCGAGAUGAGAAGUUCCAGGCUCUCUGUAAUAUCUACAGUGCUAUCACCAUUGCCCAGGCCAUGAUCUUCUGCCACACUCGGAAGACGGCCAGCUGGCUGGCGGCGGAGCUCUCCAAGGAAGGCCAUCAGGUGGCAUUGCUCAGCGGGGAAAUGAUGGUGGAACAGAGAGCCGCGGUGAUAGAGCGUUUCCGAGAGGGCAAAGAAAAGGUGCUGGUGACCACAAACGUCUGUGCCAGAGGGAUCGAUGUAGAGCAGGUCUCUGUUGUUAUCAAUUUUGACCUUCCUGUGGAUAAAGAUGGAAAUCCAGAUAAUGAGACUUACCUGCACCGGAUCGGACGCACCGGUCGCUUUGGGAAGCGAGGACUAGCUAUUAACAUGGUGGACAGCAAGCACAGCAUGAAUAUUCUCAACAGAAUCCAGGAACAUUUCAGCAAAAAGAUAAACAAAUUGGAUACUGAUGACUUGGAUGAAAUUGAGAAGAUAACUAACUGAAGUACAGCUGCUGGAACUGGUGUGUACCCUGCUGUGGAAGCUCUCCCACUACAAUUGGAUCCGCGUUCAGAUUGGCAUGCCUCUCAGCUAGUCCCAGGAGGGACUCUUUAAGAUAUGAGUACACAAAAAUUACCUCAUUUUAAAAAUUGCAGUUGGACUUCAAAUUGUGCAACUAUGGGGAGGAAGAGGAAAUGUUUACAGAAGCUUUUAACAUUUCUUAGUUUAGCCUUAAAGUGGGAAGAUCUUUUGAAUUCUAAGAAAUAUACUUGCCAAAAACAUGGGCAAUAUGUAAUUAUGUAAAACAAAUUUAACAAAGGAAAAAAAGCUUUAUUGCCUUUAAUUGGAAUGCAGUUCAGCAUUAACCUGAUCCAUUAAAAUUCAACAAAUAUAUAAUGGACAUAAGUAAAGGAAAAAAAAA